UAAUAAUUUUCAAAAUUAAGAUAUUGUUUGCGUCUCUUUUGUCAGUGUGUGGCCCCCUUGGUCCUUUUUUUGCCCAUAUGCAGCUGCAGGGUAUCCCCAAGAAUAUGUUUUAGUGAUUAAUCUGGCGUGUAUUUCAAGUACAUGAGUCUGGGUCUUCUCAACCUAAGGAGUUUGCAUACAACAAAUUGUUUACAGCUGCUUUCACCUUUACAGAUCUAGGCAUGAGUCUGCGUCCUCUCAGCCUAACGAGUCUGCAUCCAACACACUGCUGCUUCUCUCAAGAUGCCAAAGAGUGACACCUGGCCAGGUGUGAUAGUACCCGACACCAUGAAGGAGAUGGACAGCGCAGGAAGCUGCGACAGCGUCGUCAGCAUCAACUCUACUUUUAGUGAUGACAGCCUGGAAUACCUGUCUCCAGAGGAGAGGGCCUGCCUUAUGUUCCUGGAGGAGACCAUCGAGUCUCUGGAGACGGAGGAGGACAGCGGACUGUCCAAUGAUGAGCCGGACCAUCUCCCCAUGCCGGGGAACCUGGCUGCCAGGAUGGCAAACCUCUCUGCCUCCAUGUCCAAAAGCAAAAUAACGGAUGUGUCCAUUUCUCGCAAGGCAGAAGUUGCGAAAAACAACAACAACAAACCUGGCCAAGAUCAUAACCAGGUCCAUAAUUACCUUGUCCCCACACCACUGGUCAUGGCCAAUGGAAACAACAAAUCAAAGAACGGCAUCGUACCAAGGGGAUUGAGAUCCCCCAAACCGGCAAGGGCGGCUGUAAACGGCCAUGAUCAUACAGAUUCCCAUGUGUUUGUAGUGUUAAAGGUGACGAGUGGCACCACAGACCACACAAGCCUACUGGACCACAAGCCUGAGCAGGAGACGGGCCCGGAACGGUCCAACCCACGGGGGCCUCUCUCGUAUGGGGACCUUGUGCAGCUCCGUAAAGCCGCCUGCGAUAGGAAAGGACAGGAGACCUGUGCGACCCUUGAGGACAAGGAUAAGCAGCCUUCUAAGCCAAUUAAACAUAUUCCCCUUGAGUGUGACAGUACACACGCACCGACAGACCAGUUGGGGACGAGGAAGCCCGUCGUCCCUCCUGCCGUGGCACCCAAACCCAAAAGGAUCCCCGCAAGUAUCCCUGUGAGCCCCACGGCCCCGGGGACUGACAAGUGCCCCAUGAACCCCCAGAAAGUGAGGCUGGAGGCCUUGUAUAAACUGGGACUGCUGAAGGAUCAACAGUCGUCCACAGCUCCCUGUCCAAGCCAGCCAGAUCAGUGCGAUUGGUCACGGCCGCCCGGGUUUCCACCACCUCGUCCCCCAGCCUCCAAGCCAGCCCUGGACCCAUUCCACUCUAAACAGGGCCCGAAACCCCCCGCAGCGGAGCUCAUAGCCAGGAAGACCACGCACUGGACGAGUGGCGUCGUCCAUCACCGCUCCAUGAGCGAUAUGUCACACAUCCCGCAGCCGGUGUCCGCGAGGCCCGCGGGUGGCAAGUCUGUCACGCUGGAGCGAUCUGGACUAGGCCUGGGUAGCUCGUUCUCCAGCCAGAGCUUCUGCGAGAGAAAAGAUGGCAAGAGCACCACAUUAAUACCACGGGCGAUUGCCAAUGGUGUGCUCCCACACGGGAAACCCCGCUCCAAGACCCUGGAGUCUUUGAAGGACGAGUGCACUGGCAGUGGCAGCGGGGUCGGACGCUUAGAUCGCAGCGCUUCCUUCCAGACGAGACCACAGGCGUCUGGGGUCAAAGGCCACGUGCACAGCCAGUCGGCGACCUCAGGAGUACAGCUUCCUCCUCGCAUGGCAGAGGAGCGUCGGGAGGCUCUGAGGAAACUGGGACUGCUGAAGGACUGAGGAAAACAUCCCAGAAUUACAAGCUCUUGUGGUCUUCUCCAGAGGGAAUAUUAGUAUUGAUGGUUUGGCAUGAAGUGUACUGUGUUGGGAUUCAUGGUUGACACACAAUCACAACUGACUAAAACCCAGCUAGCAAUCUUGCAAGCUGCAUUGUACAUUUAGGGAGGUGUCUUGGUGCCUUGUUUUAGGAGGCCUACUGUGACAUGUAAUUUUUUUGUUGUUGGGUUUUUUUUUACGACAUGGAGUGAAUUCUGUGUCUGUCUGAUUAACUUCAGGGUAGGUGUGAGGGAUAGAAAAAAUGGUAUGCUCGUCAUGAGUUUGGUAAGCUACAAGGUGCACUUGGUGUCAGCUUUGAUGUUAGGCCGCAAAAACCAUCCUUAUGGACACCUCAAAAAUCAAAUUAAUAAAUAAUUCUGCGUGCAUUACACCUGUAUGCAUGAGUAACUAGACUAACCUAGACACACAGUUGUUGCACCGCUAUCAUUUUGUGACCUGACCGCCUGUAACCGUAGACUGUUUUGACCCCAUUACGCGGAUAUAUGGCCUGUUAGUUACCCGCAGUGUUAUCACUUAUGAUCAUCAUCAGACGCACACCGCAUUCAGUCCGUGUCCCUUUCACCACUGGCUAGAGUUACCUGGACAAAGCUCAGGUGUCUUGGCAGUCAUUUUCUUUUUCUUCAAUGCAGCAUCAAAAGUCAAAUCAUUGCAACAUAAAGUAGUUGCUUGCAUGGUACUUUAUUUUAAAUAAGCAGUCAAACAAUGCCCCAAGAAAAAAAUGCUGCAUGUUUUUUUUAAGUGCUUUGCAUGCCGAGGUUUGUGGGUUAACUCCCAAGUUAGCUCGUCGAGCACAGGGGGGAAUUAAAUGGUCGAAGGUAUUCUGAUAGGGGGAUAAGGCACAAAUAGAAAUCGGAGCCGUUGCGUAAGAAGCCAUGGUGUAUAAACACUGUGGGCUUUAAAAAUCAAGCUGUUUUUCAGCCCUGACUUUCAUCACUUAUUAACCCACUUCAUUCUUUUCUCCUCACCUCACCAACAGUUUGAGUCGUGGCAAAGAAUGCUUUCACAGUGCAGGUAUAAAGCAGUUGAAUGCCUUCUCUCCCAGUUUCAGUCGGCACGUACACUAUGUUCCAAGGUUUCUCAUUACUGCAAGCUUCCUCCCCUUAACACACACACACAUGCAGUCGCCCACACACACACAAGACACAAAUACACACAAGACACAAAUGCACGCACACACACACACACACACACACACACACACACACACACACACACACACACACACACACACACACACACACACACACACACACACACACACACACACACACACACUACUCGCUCGAUAGUCAAACUACUCAUCUUACACGCAGGCCACUGGCAUUUGAGAUCUCUCGUCAACAGGGUUCUGCACUUUCAGAUUAUAAUGCUCCUCUUUGUGAAAAACGUCCCCACAGCCCUACAGUAGCUCCACAGACACCACUGACUAAAGUCUAGCGGGUAAUCGACUUUGCUAUUAAUAAUCAGUCACACAACAAACACUUGGUGUUAAUGACCCUCACUGACCAAAAGCAACAGAGAUAUUUUGCUAGACAGAAGGAGAGGGACUUUGCAGGGGUGUGUGUGUGUAUGUGUAUGUGUGUGUGUUUGGGAUAUCCAUCUCAUGGUGACAAUAGGAGCUUGGUUGCCAUAACAGCUGAGAGGGAUGAUCUGAUAGCGGAGUGUUAUGAUUGAGUUGCCAGCUCCAGCGCUUUGCAUAGCGGAGGAGGACGGACUUAAACACCACUCAGAGACUCAGAGGGACAGACAAAGCUGCGACUGUGUGGUCCCAUCCGGCCACAGUGAGAAAUGUGAUCUUGAGGAAGAUACCUGACACUAUAAAAGCACUAUUCAAAUGAAGGCCCCUAGUGCAAGACAAAAGAUGGGACGUUUGACUGUUCGUGGCAACGGCCUCUUUGUGGGGGAACGUUUGUGCUGCUUGGGGGUGUAGAUAUAUACACUGAACAUUGCCUUAAAAAGACUACUUUGCACAUUAUGUUGUCAGAAAGGCAAAUACUGCUCAUGGUGUUGUAGCGAUAAGAUGUAUUAAGUAAAUACUGCAUUUGUUUUCCCAGUGGCACAAAGUACAAUGACUAUACAUUGCAGUGAUGAUUCUAAAGGUAAGAUGUGCUAU